AUGGGUGGCAGGGUUCUUGCUUCUUCUUUGCUCCAGCCCUCGCUGUCGUAUAUUGCAACCUCGACGGCACAUGGAGAGGAUUCACCCUACUUUUCCGGGUGGAGAGCCUACGAUAAGAAUCCCUACGACCCCGUCACCAACCCUCCGGUGUCCCUUGAUCUCCUGGAAGCGUACCUCAGGGAACACCCCGCGGCAUCUCACUGCGGCGUCGGGUUCCGAGAGAACGCCCUGUUCCAGGACUACCAUGGGCUCAAAUCCUUCCGGAUGGCAAUGGCGAGGUUCAUGGAGACGAUAGGGGGAGGCAAGGCGAGGUUUGACCCGGACCGCAUCGUGCUCACCGCCGGCGCCACGGCUGCCAACGAGCUGCUGACAUUCAUUCUUGCCAACCCUGGUGACAGUCUCCUCGUCCCCACUCCAUACUACCCUGGGUUUGACAGGGACUUGCGGUGGAGAACGGGCGUGAACAUCGUGCCCGUGCACUGCAGCAGCGUCACCGGGUUCCAGGUCACCGCCAGUGCGCUCCAGGCCGCGUAUGACGAGGCCAUGGCGGCUGGGAUCCGCGUCCGCGGCGUCAUUCUGACAAACCCGUCCAACCCACUCGGCACGACGGUGGAGAGGGCCGUCCUGGAGGACAUCGUCGACUUCGUGGCGCGCAACGACAUCCACCUCGUCUCCUACGAGAUCUACUCCGGCUCCGUCUUCGCCGCGCCGGACCUGGUCAGCGUCGCCGAGGUCGUGGAGGACCGCGCGUGCCGCGGCGGCGACGACGGCGGCGGCCACCGCAGCGUCGCGGCGCGCGUGCACGUCGUGUACAGCCUCUCCAAGGACCUCGGGCUCCCGGGGUUCCGCGUCGGCGUGGUGUACUCGUACAAUGACGCCGUGGUGGCCACGGCCCGCCGCAUGUCGAGCUUCACGCUGGUCUCGUCGCAGACGCAGCGCACGCUGUCUGUCGGACGCGGGCUUCGCCGCGGCUCUACGGUUGCCGGGGAGCUGAGGCUGUGGCGGCGGGUGAUCGCCGAGGCCAUGCUCAACAUCUCGCCGGGAUCUUCGUGCCAUUGCUCGGAGCCAGGGUGGUUCAGGGUGUGCUUCGCCAACAUGAGCUUGGAGACGCUCGAUGUUGCACUACGACGACUCAGCUGCUUCGUAGAGAAAUGGAACAAGUGCAUAUAA